AUGUAUCUCCUCACCAUCUCAUUUUUCAUCCUUCUCAACUUCUAUUUAUUUUCCAUCUUUAGUGAUAUCGACGUCUUCAUCAUCACUUCUUUUUUUCGGUCCUUCAACUCCAUCGAAUCAACACCACAAUCCACUAAAGAUGAAGAGACAGUAGGUUAUGGUGUUGGUUCGCCAGAGUUGAAGUACCAAAAAAAGAAGGAUGGUGAAGACGUCGAUGUUACUAAAGAUGGAAAAGAAAUAGAAGAUGGGGAGGAUGAGAGAGAUGAGAUGGUGACCGUAUUUGAGGAUGAUGAUGACACUAAAGAUGAAGAAUCGUUAGAUGAAUACCAUGAGGAAGAUAUUGAUGUGGAAGAGAAUGUAGAAGUUGAUGACUCUGAAGAAUUCUCUCAUUUGUAA